AUACAUGCGGACCGUAUAAAAUGGUGCGACAUUGCCUUGUGGUCGUUAGUUACAGUUUGUAUUAUCACCUAAAACUUUUUUGACAAAAUUUUCCGGUGCAAACAAUUUUUUAUGAUGUUAUACUUACGGCGAAAUAUUUUAUUGCUGAGUUUGAUUUUAAGUCUGGUUGUGUUUUUAGACACAGCUAAAGGCAAUGAAGCAUCAGAGCUAUCGAAAGAAGACAAAUCUUCUUCGGAGGAAACCAGUGAAGAUUCGAAUGAGUACCGUCGCAAGCGGUCAUUAGAGGUUACCAGUGGAGAAAAUAACAAUAAUGAUGGCGAGAGAAAGUUAAUGGGAAGAGCUGGUAUACCGGGAUUACCUGAUCCGACAACAAUUCUAAAGAUUGUAGAAAUUCUCCAAACGUUGGGUAAAAAAGUCGUGCCGAUUCUUGUUGAAGCAAUCGGAUAAUGGCAUACUAGGAUCGUAAUAAUAAAUGCAGAAUCCAUAAUUUUGCAUAAACUUGACUUAAGGACUGCGUAGAAUAGAGUUGCACGUCAUAUUUUUUAUACCCGAGCGCACUUGUGCACAAGGGUAUAUUAAUUUUGUUCACAUAACGGUUGUUUGUAACAGCCAAAACGAAUCGAGAUAGAUAUAGACAAAUGUAUACAUA